AUGAACCAAGAUCAUGCUUUGUCCUUAGACCAAAUCAAUGCCAUAGUUGGGGCCCCCACAGAAAACACCUUUGGCCCCAAUGACCAAAUCCCACGAUAUAGUGAUCUUACAUGGUGGACUGACCAUACGCAUCAACAACCCUAUGUCUCAAGUUCUUCUAAGGGCUCAUAUCUCAUCCACCUUAUGAUGAAAGUAGCCCACAUGAUUAUUGCUUUGCUUGUCAUCCCUAGAGAACAAAGAAGCACCAUUAGCACUCUUGAGCUCAAAAUACUCUAUGCAAUGGCUCUCUUGGACGAUAACCUCAUUCCUCACUAUGGAUCACUCCUUUGCAACAAGCUCACCUGCCUUAGCACAUCAUGGUCCGGAAAAAUCUAUUGUGGAGGUAUUGUCAGUUUGUUUGCUAAAAGUGCUCCAGUCCGGGCCCCAUUUCCUGGAAUUCACCAACCUUUACCCGACGACCCCUACCUUACCAUGAAAACCGGAACAUCCUUGCCCUCAGUCGGCCUACUAACUUCACUGAUUGACAAAUCACGCCAUAUCUUUUUCCCGUCUCCUUCUCCGAGGAGGAAGAUGAAGAAGGUGGAGAAAGUGAUGAGGAUUAUGAGAGUGACGGGGCGGCACCACAAAAUUCUCCUCCCAUGGGUGGUGUCAGCUCAUCCCAUCAUGCUGGACAACCAUCAUAUCACCAGCAAUAUAUGGAUCAAUUCCAGUCGAUCCAUACCAGCCUUGACACUUACUAUCAAGAUGUCAUGA